AUCGACAAAAAAAAAAUUAAACUGUAAAGAUAUUAACAAAAUUAACAAAGGAACAAAAAAAUGUAAGGAAAUAAUUUUAUGAGUAAACCCUAUGUUCUUCUUUGCCGAGAAGUGUCGCCUGCAACAACGGAAAGAAACUAUGGAGAGUGGCAGCUGGUCGGAGCUCUCUAUGGAUAUCUUGAGAUCUGUUUUCGAACGUUUGAGUUUUGUGGAUUUCCACCGCGCUAAGAUGGUGUGUGCGAAUUGGUAUUUAUGCUCGAAACAAACUUUGCACCGGCAAAGGGGAUCUUCAUGGCUGAUGAUGCUGUUUGAAGAAAGCGAUUGUGUGCUUUACAACCCGGACGAAGAUAGAGUUUACAAGAGAAAGAGAGACUUUUCAGGGAUUCGAUUCCUGGCAAACUCAGGUAACUGGUUCCUGGCGCUAGAUUCUGGAUCCAAUCUCUGUAUCGUACAUGUGUUUAGCGGCGGGGAGAGGAAUAGGAUCAAUCUUCCCCCUCUAGACUCAAUUAAUAAGGGUGGCCACUUUACUCUUAAGCGGAUAGGAGAUGGGGAAUUCAAGGAGAGAUUAGCUAGUGGUGGCUUAGGUUACUCCAAUAAGAGUGUGGUUGAUCUGAGAGGUCUUUUGUGGGUAGACGAGAAGAAAGAGGAAUACACUGUCGCAUGGUUUUUUGAUACAGGUUCCCCAUAUAUAGCCUUUUGCAAGAAGGGGCAAGAUCAUUACCGUACCAUUCCAACACGGAUCGAUGUUCCCAGAGAGUUUCGAGGCUUAUCUGAUAUGGUACUCCGGGGUGAUACUCUUUACGUCUACACAACUCGCCGAUUCAUUCGAAUCCUGGAUUUUUCUGUACCAGAAGGUUUCAAGGAUGUUGUGCCCGACAGUUACAUAUUACUACCAUUUUAUCCAGCGAGUGAUGAUGAAAACACAUAUGAUGAUGGAGCAAUCUCUAGUCAUAACAUUGCUGUCACAACCUCGGGAGAGGUUUUGUUGGUCGAGAGCAUCGCUUAUAAUAAGGCAACCUCUGAAAUACCUACUAGGAUCUUCCGCCUCUACAAGACGGAUCCUAAUCCAGAUCCGGAUGAGCUUAUACACAAACUGAACCUGUCUGUCGAGGUAGAUUCUUUAGGCCAUGAGGCCCGCCUUCUGGAUUUAGGUUUCACUGUGCCUGCUGACCCUACCCUCGGUAUCCAACCAAACUCCAUCUACUUCACCCGUCAUGACCGUCUUCGUAACUGUAAACUGAAACCUUCAUGCCCAGACAUCUUCCCCUGCAUCUGUGUAUUCAAUCUUGACACAAAGAAGCUAACACAAUUCCCCAGCCUCUCCAACUUGAACCCCAAGGAUGCUCGAUGGUUUCUCCCGUCUUAAUCUUACAGACAUGAGAGGGUUAAUUCCCUGUUUGAUCUAUCUUGCAACAAAGAAGACACUUGAGCGAUUUCCCAUGGUUUCUCCCUUUUGCUUCUCUCUGCCUUGGUUUCUCCUCUUGGGUCUUGAUUUGUUUCUUCCUCUAUUUGGAGAUUUGCAGAUCCCGUUUAUAUAUCUUUUUUCAUUUAUAUUCGUUUCUCUUACAUGACACCUCUAAAAUAAGUUAAAUUAACAAUAAGCAAGUUAUGUAUGAUUUGUGGUCCUA